AUGACCGGUAUGAUGAACACCACCCCCAUGACCGGUAUGAUGAACACCACCCCCAUGACCGGCAUGAUGAACACCACCCCCAUGACCGGCAUGAUGAACACCACCCCCAUGACCGGCAUGAUGAACACCCCUCCCAUGGUGCCCCCUGUCCGCACCCUCGGAACUGAACCCAUCACCAUGGGCACCACCCCCAACACCCCAUACACCCCAUACACCCCAAUGAUGGGCUUCGGUACUCCUGAGUUCACCCCCUUCGUUGAGGGCGUCCCCCCCAUGCCCACCAUGCCUACCCUCGGCAUGGAAACCCCCUUCGAACCCACCACACAGACCUACAGAAACCUCGCUCCCGUCGACCUCCCCGUCUUCGCUGAGCCCCCCAUGAGACAGACUCCCUUCGGAUUCGGCCCCGUUGCACCCAGCAUGCUCUUCUAA